UGGUUUGUUUAAGUGUAUGCUGUUUGUUACUAAAUAGUGGUUAAUGUAAAGUAAUUGCAGACUGUUUGUUAACAUUAUUUGAGCUCAGAAGAAUUGGCGCGCCGGGGAGUCUCGGUGAGUGUGCACAAUCAGAUUAAAACCGCGUGGGGGGAAAUCUAUAAAGAACUGAUUGAUCCCCGUCUUCUCUUCCGUCACAUCUCUGAUACUCUGCUUCCUUCUUCUCUGUCUCUUAUAGUAGUGAGUAUUUAGAGUACAAAACCUCUCUCAAAUCAUCUUCUCGACUCGCGAGUCUUUAGCUAUGGUUGAGUCCUGGUCGCGGUCGCGGGAGCCCUCGCCGCCGCCGCCGCCGAAGACCGACGACUCUAUCGCGGUCGCGUUCUGCUGUUUGGGAAACAUCUGUCGUUCGCCUAUGGCAGAGGCGAUAAUGCGGCAGAGAACAAAGGAGAUGAUGCUGGACACCAAAAUCACAUUAAUCGACUCGUUUGGAACGAGCGGGUUCAACGCAGGCGACAACCCGGACCGGAGGACGGUGCAGACCUGUAAAGCGAACGGGGUGCCGAUUGCGCACACGUCGCGGCAGAUAAGCAAAUCUGAUUUCCACAAGUUUGACUAUAUCUUUGCAAUGGACCGAGAUAACCUAGAAGACCUCAAUUAUAUGCGUCCGCGCGGCAUCCGAGCCAAGAUCGAGCUAUUCGGGACCUACUGCGAGAACCCGAAACUAGACCGGAUCGUGAGCGACCCGUACUAUGGCGGGCCGGACGGGUUCCAGAAGAGCUUCAAGCAGCUGGAUCAUUUCACGCGGGUGUUUUUGAAGACGAUAGAGAAGGGUGCAGGUGGAGAGUAGGAUAGAGUCUGAUAUGUGAUCUUUGUCUGCAGUUCUCUUUGACUGCUAUUUGAGGGUGUAAUAGACAGCCAAGAACACCGUCAUCGUCACCACUACUUCACCGACACAUCAUCAACACAUCACCACCACCACCACAUCACCGUCAUGAGUAUGAGUCCAUCACCAUCAUGAGUUCAUCAUGGGUUCACUCCGGCUGUGCAGCACAGCCCCAGCACAGCCCCGGUGGCGGUGUUAACUUAAAACCUUAAAUAUUAUGCGACGCGGCUGUCGCGUCUCAAAACUCAGCGCCGACGUCGACCUCCACGAACUUCCUCGCGACUCUUCUUUCUUCUUGUAUUGUUCUUCUUCUUCUUCUUCUUCUUCUUCUUCUUCUUCUU